AUGAAGAUUCAGUUGAAGAUUGCUGAUGAAGGUUAUUCCGACUUGCUUUUUGUCCAAGAAGUCGCUGCCCAGGCGAGGAUCGGCACCUUGCUAACACGUAAGAGCAAUCUCAUGCAACAGAAAAGUAGAGUUCGAUGGCUUAAAGAUGGUGACAGGAACACAAGUUUCUUCCAUAAAUCUUACAAGAUGAGACGCAAGAAUCUGAUCCUUUCUCAACUCAAGAUUGAUGGUGUUGAUACUUUUGAGCAGGACGUUAUCUCUUCACAUAUCGUGGAUUUUUUCUCCAAACUCUUUUAUGAGGUUACGACCAAUACUGUUAUGGUACAAGAUAUUCAACAAAUUGUGGAAGCCAUGGUGUCUCAAAAGCAGAAUGAGAGUCUGAGCUGUAUUCCAGAGGAAGAAGAAAUUAAAGCGGCGGUGUUCGAUUUGGCGAGCGAUGGUGCUGCUGGACCGGAUGGCUUCUCGGGCACGUUCUUCCAGAACUGCUGGGACACCAUCAAAGAUGAUAUAGUGGUCGCUGCCAAAACUUUUUUCAUAAAGAACUAUCUUCCUCAGGGGCUGAAUUCUAAUACGUUGAUCCUCAUCCCUAAAAAAGAAGUGGUGGAAACGGUGGCGGAUCUGAGGCCGAUCGUUCUCUCCAAUUUCUUUUUUAAGGUUCUUUCGAAAAUUAUUGCUACUCGGCUUAGUUCUGUGGCUGCUGAUAAUGUGACUCACAAUCAGUUUGGCUUUAUUCGCGGACGGCUUAUACACGAUUGCAUUAUGCUGGGAUUGGAAGGUGUCAAUUGUAUGAACAGAACCUGCAAGGGAAGGAAUAUGGCUUGCAAAGUGGAUAUUAAGAAAGCUUUUGAUACCAUGAGUUGGAAUUUCAUCAUGAGCGCUAUGAAGGCGAUGGGUUACGAUCAUACUUUUCUGGGAUGGAUUGCCACUAUCUUUUCCUCUGCUCGACUUUCAAUCCUUUACAAUGGGAAACUUUGCAGAUAUUUUCCCUGUUCGCGGGGUGUUAGACAGGGAGAUCCUCUCUCGCCUAUUAUUUUUGGCAUCGCGGAGGACGUACUUAGUAAUCUUUUUUUGAAAGCGGUUACUGCUGGGCAGAUUGAGCCGAUGAGGAUGAGCAGGGGUCAGUUGUUCCCCACCCACCUCCUUUACGCUGACGACGUUCUUAUCUUUUGUAAGGCGACGAUGAAGAAUGCAAGAGCCAUUCGCGACAUCCUUCACUUUUAUGGUUCGAUUUCGGGUCAAAUCUGCAGUAAGGAGAAAUCGAGAAUUUUCUUUGCUAAAGGAGUGUCUCCCUGCUAUAAGCGCCAAAUUACUCGUGCUCUGGGAUUUCCCUGUGGAAGCUUACCUAUGAUUUAUCUGGGCGUGCCACUUUUUGUUGGCCGUCCCAAGGCUUCCCACCUUGCUGCUAUUAAAGAUCGUAUUAUUUGCAAGUUCUCUCGAUGGAAUGGGUUGCACCUUUCAAUGGCUGGGCGUCUUUGCCUGGUAAAAUCGGUUGUCCAAAGCUCCAUUGUCCACACCAUGAUGAUUUAUAAAUGGCCACGUUCGCUCAUUCAGGAGAUUGAUGCUGCAUGCAGAAACUUCAUUUGGUCGGGAGACAUAAGAAAACGUCCUAAGCACGCUUUUAGCUGGGAUAGGGUUUGUGGUAUUAAGGAGGAAGGAGGUUUGGGUGUUAGAUCGUUCACCAUGAUGAAUGAAGCCUUUCUGAUGAAACUUGCUUGGAAAGUCAUUCUUGGAAGUCAGUUUGGCUUCAACAUCAUGAAGAGUAGAUAUCUUGACUCUCUCGGUCGUCCCCGCAAAAUGGCGCUUGCUUCUUCGGUUUGGGGAGGUGUUAAACAAUUUAUCCCGGAGCUUAUAGAUGAUUCCUACUGUCUUCUUGGAAAUGGUCAGACGAUCUAUUUCUGGCAUGAUGAUUGGCUCGGCUACACUAUUGCAGAUAAAACAAACAUCCCUAGUUUUAUGAGGCAUCGACUACAGCAAACGGUCUCGGACUAUUUUUAUGAUGGGGUCUGGCAUUUUGCUCAGGAGUUUGUUGAUGAGUUCCCUGAUAUUGUCUAUGACAUUCUGAUCUUGCCGAUUGGAAACGAGGAGGAUGUCCGCCUAUGGAAGCCUUCGAUUCAUGGGGAGGUUACUUCGGCUCUUGCCUUUGCCUCUCGUUGUCAUCGUUUUCCGCGUGUUUCGUGGGGUACCUGGAUUUGGGAAAGGUUUAUUCCUGCUCGCCGAUCCAUCACCUGCUGGCGGGUUAUUCUCAACCGCCUUCCCACUCUUGACAAAGUGAUUAGGCAGGGAGUUAUCAUUCCAAACUAUUGUCUUUUUGUUUUAGAGAUGCGGAAGAUUUGGACCACAUUCUUUGGAAUUGCUCUAAAGUUCGACCUAUUUGGUGUGCUUUGCUUAGCUGGUUUGGUUUGGCCGAAGGCUUGGAUUGUCACGGGGUUCAUGAGUUGCUGGUGUUUGCGUGGUCGGUGCAACUGA